CGCGACGCGACUUUGCCUUUUCAUGUUCGUCAAGGCAUAUCAGCUUGCCGCCGCCCGAUACCAGCCUAUCGGUGCUGAGAGCUGCGAUGAUUUGGUCGGCCUCCACGCGGACCAAAAUCGCAUCGCAGCAGAUGUGGCUGCGUCGAAAGAGCAGGACCGACGGACCGACGGACCUGGCCGGAAGAAGAACGGGUCCACAAGUCGAGACGCCCUUCGUGUAGAGUAGGCUCCAAUCUAAUCAGAGCUUGCGUUCUCUCUUUCCACUUCAAUAAUCUAUACCAAGCUUCCUUGUCGCCACCAGGAUUACCAGCAUGAGCCAACAGUUCGGCACACAUCAUGAGACGGGGGACCCGAGGAAGAGACAAGCGCAAUACGAUGCUGCGCUGGUGGGAGGCCUAAAGGGAGGAGGAGGCGGUCUGGCUGUCGGCUUGCCUGCUGCCUACAUCCUGAAUCAAAGAUGGGCAGCCUUUCGUGGGCUGACGCUACCUCUCAAGGCCUUCUUUGUCACCAUGAUCACCAUCUCGUCGGGUGUCAUCGCGGCGGACAAGGCUGGCAUCGCUUUCGAGCGAAACGCCUACUCAGAUCAGGGAGCUCAGCAGAAGAAGCGCUUCAUGUCCAGAGAGGAGCAGCAGUGGGAGCAGCUCUCAAUGAGGGACAAGGCGCUUACGUGGACCAAGGAGAAUAAGUUCAGCGUCGUAGCAGGCUCAUGGGUUGCUUCAAUGUGCGGCUCAUUUGCCUACAUUCAGACGCAGCCCCUCUCAUUUGCACAGAAGCUCGUCCAAGCUCGUGUCUACGCACAAGGCCUCACCCUAGCCUCACUGCUGGGAAUGGCAGCUAUCACUUCGAUCCCGUCAGCGGGGGACAAGCUUAUCGAGGAGCAGAGCCACGCUGGCGAGCACAGCUGGAGAGAUAUGAUUGGCGAGUCAGCGAAUGAUGAUAGCAAGCAGAGAUCAGGACCGCAGGGCAAGUCGCAAGGGAAGGAGGGUCAGCAGCAGUCGAAGAAGGGGAAGAAGGAGACAGAAGAGCACAAGUAA